UAUUAUUGAAAACAAUGGCCGGCGAUGCAAAACUUUUACUUGUGAUUUUAUGCUUAUUUUUUGUUUUAUCAGAUGCUAGCUGUCCCCCUGGGAAAUUUGGCUUUAAAUGCCAGUUCCAGUGUGGAUGUAAAAACGAUGUAACAUGUAACCCUAUAAACGGAAAUUGUCCAGAUGGUUGUAACCAAAAAUUCUAUGGUCCACAUUGUCUUUUAUUUAAUCCUUUCAUAUAUGAUCCCCUUGGUAAAUUAUACACUGGAAGUAUGAACAGGACAGAAUCAGGAAAACCAUGUCAGCCAUGGACUACAAUUAUAUUCAAGAAGUUUUUUAACUAUACAGGCCUUCAGUUUGCAGACAGAUUUAUCCCUGGAGCUGUGUGUCGUAACCCAGAUAUCAGUUCAAAAAACGCAACAUCACCAUGGUGCUUUACGAAUGUUAAUUCAUUAACGUCAGAAAAGUGUUAUUUAUCAGAAGGAGACUGUCCUGAUGGGAGAUUUAGCCCUAAUUGUUUGAAAGAAUGUCACUGUCAGGAUCUGAAGCCAUGUGACAAACAAACUGGUAAAUGUAAUCAAUGUUAUGAUGGAUGGAUUGGGACAGCAUGUCAGAUAAAAUGCAACGCUAGUAAAUAUGGACCUAACUGUAAAGAGACAUGUGGUGAAUGUAAGGAUAAUUUGUGUAAUCAUGAGACUGGGAAAUGUCUGAAUGGAUGCAAUGCUGGCUGGAAAGGAGACUUUUGUAAAACUAAUUGUUCUGGUAAAGAAUAUGGAGAAAACUGUGCAUUGAGUUGUGGGAAGUGUCGAGGUGAUCUAGAUUGUGAUACAUUUACUGGUAAAUGUCCCGAAGGUUGUAUAGAUGGAUACAAUGGAACUUUAUGUGUUGACAAGUGUAAUGCAUUCUGGUUUGGCGAAGGAUGCUCAGAAAAGUGUGGUGCUUGUAAGAAUCAAAGUCCAUGUCGUCAUUAUGAUGGUUCCUGUUUGGAAGGAUGUGAACCUGGAUGGAUGAAGCCUAAUUGUUCUCAAAGUUGUAUGGAUGGUUGGUUUGGUCAGAAUUGUUCAUCAGAAUGUGGAAGUUGUAUGGAUGAUGGAAUAUGUAACAAGGUUACAGGUCAAUGUCCAGGAGAAUGUCAAAAUGGAUUUACUGGAGAACUGUGUAAAUCUGCAAUAUUUGUACAGGAAGAAACCAGUAGUGCAGGAAUCCAUGCUGCUAUUGCUUCUGUAGUUGUAAUUAUAGUCAUCGUUAUAUUCAUUAUUGUAUUUAUACUAUGGAGGAGAGGGAAAUUCAGACACACACUACAGUUAAAUGAAACAAAAGCUUCCAAUGAUACAAUCGCCCAGGAGAAGGAGGAAGUCCUACGUACAAGGGAAACAGAUCAACUAAUUCAGGAUAAAGAGGACCCAUCUGAAAGCCUGGAUAAUGGUUAUGACAUAAGUAAAGAACCUAUAUAUGCAAAUGUCAACACAAAGAAACAGAGUUGUCCUAUUCAGGUUCAAGAUUUGUUAGAGUACAUCAGGAAAAAUAAGAUGAAUGAUUGUACAGAAUUUAAAAAGGAGUUUGGGGAAUUACCUUUAGGAGUGUUAGCCUUGUAUGAAGCUGCCAGGAAACCAGAAAACAGACCAAAGAACAGAUAUGGAAAUAUUAUUGCAUAUGACCAUUCCAGAGUUGUGUUAACACCAAUAUCAUCAGAACCCAAUUCAGACUAUAUUAAUGCUAAUUAUUUGGAUGGAUAUAAGAGAAAGAAUGCCUACAUAGCUUCUCAAGGCCCAAUGAAAGUUAUGUUCAGAGAUUUUUGGAGAAUGAUUUGGCAAAAACAGUGCUGUAAAAUUGUUAUGCUGACCAAUUUAAUGGAAGCAUGCAAGACAAAAUGUGAACUGUAUUGGCCAGAUGAGGGAUCAACAAGUUAUGGAAAUGUCUCAGUAGAAAUUAUACAAACAACAGUAUACACAGAUUUUACUAUUAGGACAUUUAAAAUAUCAUGUAAUGGACAGAGUAGAGACAUUAAACAAUUCCAUUUCACCAGCUGGUCUGAUCAUGGUACACUGACGUCAUCUACGCCAUUGUUAUGUUUUAAACAUAAAGUUGAUGCUUACAACAAAGAUAGUACAGCACCUGUUGUUGUUCACUGUAGUGCUGGUAUAGGAAGAUCUGGUACUUAUAUAGGUUUAGAUUAUACAAAUGAGCAAGCCAAAGCAGAAGGAUUUGUAGAUGUACUGAAAUGUGCACAGCUCAUGAGAGCAAAUAGAACCAAUAUGAUACAAACUUGGGAACAAUAUAUGUUUUUAUAUGAUGCCUUAUUAGAAGCAGUAUUAGCAGGAGAAACAACAAUGCCCGUUGGGGAAUUUGAAUCUCGAUACCAAGAAAUGUGUAUUCCAAAGGCUGGAUUUGAGGUGUCAGCAUUUGAUAAACAGUUUGAGGUUGCUCAGAAGUUGUUACCAAAUAUAGAAAAUACAGAGUUCAAAGCUGCUUUAGAUCCAGAAAACAUUGAUAAAAACAGAGUAAAGAAUGUACUUCCAGCUAACAGAUACAGGCCACACCUAUAUACACAGGUAGAAGGAUCCAAUGAUUACAUUAAUGCAGUAUUCUUACCUGGUUACACACAUAGAGAUAGAUUUAUAGUGACACAGAUGCCGUUGCCUAAGACAGUAGCAGAUUUCUGGAGAAUGUUAUAUGAUUAUAACUCUAACACUGUCAUCAUGUUGAAUGAAUUUGAUAGAAACGACAAGACAUGUGCCUUAUACUGGCCAGAAGAAUAUGGAUAUUCAGUGUCUUAUGAUCCACUCAGUAUAGAACUACUGUCUUCUAGUGAAUCAAACAAAACAAUAACUGAAAGGAUAUUUAAAUUGAGUAACAAAAUCAAGAAUGAGGAUCGUGCUGUAAAACAGUUUGAAUUCAACUGGGGAGAGAAAAAUAUUCCAUCAUCUGCCCAAGCAUUAGCAGAUUUAUUAAGAGAAGUAGACCAUUGGACAAAGCAGAGUGGAAAAGGACCAAUCACUGUUCACUGCAUGAAUGGUGCUAGUAGAAGUGGAUUAUAUUGUGCCAUUAGUUUAAUAUUAGAACGUAAAGAACUAGACCAAGAAAUUGAUGUAUUCCAAACUGUUAAAACAAUACGAAAUAAUAGACCCCAGUUCAUUGAGGAUAAGGAGCAAUAUCAGUAUUGUUACAAAAUGGCAGAAUGUAAUUUACGACCACCACCACAAUAGUACCCUAGAUCUGAUGUAAAACCAAAGACAGAAACUCUGUAAUCAAAAUCAGGUUCUGUGUUGCCAAAGAAUCUUCUAUUUUUGUAUGGUUGUUGAUUUUGUGUACAUAUAUUAUAAUCAAAUUAUACGUGUACAGAAAGGUUAUUGUUAUCAGCAUUCAGUGAUCAAGUCUUUCUCGUGAAUAUGGUUGUGUAUUUUGAAGUGUCUAUAGCACAGGACUGGAGAUAACAUGUAAAGUAGCAUGAGAGGAGUUUACUAUAUACAUAUAUAUAUAUAUAUAUAAGUAUGUUUUAUGUCAUGUUUAUGACUUUUAAAUUUUUUCUAGUGCAGUAAUUCUACUUAAGAAUUCCAUUUGACGGAUGAUGUAUAGAUUGAGAUAUUUAUCCAAUAACUUUUCAUGUAGAUUUAUCUGUCAAAAUUUGAUAUUUUGAGAUCUAUAUAAUCUUGUUGAUAUUUUUAAUUUUUAAAUUUCAGUUUGAAUCUUGUUUGUAAUCGGAAUUGGUCUGUGAUGUGAAAAAUUUGAUCUGUCAAUUAAGAAAGACAUUUAUAUAAAAUAAGCAGACCAGUUCCCGAGUUACAGUAAAGCAAGACAUAGGUAUGAUGUUUCCGGCGUCGGCGGUGUUGUCAACAAUGUAUAAGUUUGUGAUUAGGUCUAGUUUAUGGUGAACCACUGUUGGUAGGUCAAUGAUAUUUGGUAUGCAGUUGUAUUAGCAUUGGCACAGCUCAUUUCCAUGGAGAUUAUUUGGCCCUGCCCCCUCAGUCAUGGUCUAUUGACUAUGAAACUUUUGCUUAGUUUACAUGUAUUAGUUUGUGAUUAGGUCAGUUUAUGGGGAACCACUAGUGGUAGGUCAAUGAUAUUUGGUAUGCAGUUGUAUAAGCAUUGGCAUAUCUCAUGUCCAUGGAGAUUAUUUGGCUCCACCCCCUCAGUCAUGGUCUAUUGACUUUGAAACUUUUGCUUAGUUUACAUGUAUUAGUUUGUGAUUCAGUCAGUUCAAGGGGAACCAUUAGUGGUAGGCCAAUGUUAAUUGGUAUGCACAUUGCAGUUGUAUAAGCAUUAGCACAUCUCAUUUCCAUGGAGAAUAUUUGGCCCUGCCCCCUCAGUCAUAGUCUAUUGACUUUGAACUUUUUGCUUUGUUUACAUGUAUUAGUUUAAGAUUAGAUCAGUUUAAGAUGAACCGCUAAUGUUAAGUCAGUGAUAUUUGGUAUGCAAAUUAAUUGGCAUUUGCAAGUCUCGUUUCCAUGGAGAUUAUAUAGCCCCACCCCCUCAUCAUGGUUCAUUGACUUUGAAACUUUUACAUAGUUUACAUGUUAAUGUUUGUGUUUAGGUUUGUUUAAAGGGAACGACUUAUGAUAAGUCAAUUGUAUUUGGUAUGCAGUUGUAUUAGCAUUGGCACAUCUCAUUUCCAUGGACCUUCAGUCAUGGUUCAAUGACUUUGAAUAUUUGCAUAACUUACAUGUUAAAGUAUUGCUAUUUUUAUUUCAACAUUUGCAUUAUCAAAAUAACAAAAAGGCAACACAUAUCUCUGUGUUAAUAGUUUAUUGAAAUACAUACAUACAAAUCACUUUUGAGUCAUUUACAAACCAUCUCAAUUUUUUUUUUGUCUGUACAUUUAGUGUUAUAUGUAGUAAAACUUAUAUACCAAACAUCUUUGCAAUUUAUAUGCAUUUAUGAUUUAUAUAAAAUCUAAAUAAUAUAACAUCACUUUUUGACAUUCCUUGUUAAUUAAUAAUUCAUAUAUAUCUAUAUGUGCUUUACAUGUGCUUUAUAUGUGCUUUUUAUGCCAUUCCAUUGUUUAUGAUGAAUAUUUUUUAUUCAGAAGUGUUCAUAUAAGUAGCAUACUCAGUUUUACAUUUUGGACAUAAUAUUUUAUACAAAAGCAUACCACAGGGAGCUAAGAUCUGGUUUAAUUAAGUUAAAUAAAGUUAUAUAAAUAGUGUGUUUAAAAGUUGCAAGUAGGUUAGAUCUUACAAAGCAGGGUGAAAUUUUCUCACAUUGUAAAAAAUAAUAAUUGAUAUAAAUUUUAUUGUGAUUCUUUUGUUUUGAUGUAUUACUUUCUUCUUGGAAAUCUUUUUUGAAACUAGGGGUACAUAAAACAUGCAGAACUAAUGAAACAAAAUUUCAAUAAAAAAAAGGUGUAAAAGUUAUCUUCCUUAAAAAAGAUAUGUGGCACAACUUUAUUCUAUUGGGUUUUUUUCUACAUUAAGAUCCAAAUGUACAAUCAUAAGUAUUAAUUACCUGGACAAAUUUUAUCUAAAUGAGACAUAAAUCAAGUUAUAAAGAUGUUCCCUCUUGAAAUGCAAAGAAUUGUUUUUUUCAUAAUUGAAGUAUAUAAUGUGUAGAACUCCAAAAAUAUGGGAAAAUGAAUUUAGGUUUGUUGUGCAUUUUCUUGGAUACAAGGCAAUUGAAAGAAUAAGAAUUUCUACCAGGGAAAUGAUGUUCCAAGAUUGUUCAUAUGAAAUAUAUAGAAAGAAAUGAAUGCGAAACUGUAUGAAAGAUAUAUUCGAAAUAUCAAUCAAUGAAUCAAUCAAAAUAUUUGACAGGAUUUUUGAGAUGUAAUUUUUGUAAGAUUAGUAAGAAAUAUAGGUGCUGCAUGUCAAAAAUACAUGUGUAGACUAGGAAAAAACCAGAAGGAUACAAUAUGUUAAGGAAAGGUUGAAAAUGGUGAGUUGAAACAUCCUUUUUUUUUUUUUAACCAAGAAAGCAUUGUAAAGAAAGUAAAUAGUUUACUGUUUUUCAUACUCUGAACUUAUCUUGUUGACUUUUCAUUCCAAACUGAUACUGUGUAACAUAAGUAGGGUUCAAAUUUUUUUUUAUGCUAUCUUUAAACACACAGAUCUUAGUGAUUUUGCCAGUGUUCUUUCUACUGAUAAAUCAGUAUUACAGUUUAGUAUUUCUUAACAAUUGUACAUAUAAAAUAUUUGUAUGAUAAUAAUAUUUCAUUUUGUACAGUGACCUUGUAUAUCUACAGUUAUAUUGCUAUAUCAUAGUUCUUGGGGAGGCUUAUUUGAAAUCAUACAUAUUUAAGAUUAAACACAAGGUUUAGGUCAUGUCCAUAGAAGUCCAGUUGUAUCUAAGUGUAAUCCGAUGUAAUGCAUUUAGAUACAGUCAAACCUGUUUGAAGGGUUGCUGUCUGGAGAAAUAGACCUUAUGUGAGAGGUGACCUUUUAAUUGAGGUUCAAAAUGCAUAGGUAUUGCUACUUUUGGACAAAAAAAGGGUGACCUGACAAGACAGGUUUAAGCUUAAUAGAGUUGAUCUUUAAAACAGGUUCGACUGAUUAAUAAUACAGAUAUAAUAUAGAUGACUCUGUUUUAAAAAUGUUAGGAACCCUUACGUAAACUUUUUUUAAGGGGUCUGUAUGUAACCUCUUACAAGGUAAAAUUUAUGAACCUACCCAACAUAACCCUGUUUUCCCCAAUAGCAGUUAAAAUUUUUUGGCUUUGCAUCCUUGUCAACCCACUAAGAACCAUUUAUUGAAUAUUUUGUCUCAUCCUGUGGGAAUUUCAUAUAAAAAAUGAAAUUUUAAGCAUCCUUACACUUAUAUGAUAUAAUCAGUAUAUUCAAGCAGGGCAAAUGUGCUAUUUUAUUAUAUAUCAACAAAAUGUGUUCCCUUGGAAACAUGUCAGUAUAUAUACUUGUGGUUGUGAUAGAAUUGUGAUAUUUUGUUGUGAACAUUUCAAAUAUUUUAUCAUUCCAUAAGUUGUUCAUUGCAUUAAAUGUUUAAUUGUUUUCAUGCAUCAGUAAUAGCUUAAAGCAGUGUCAAUCCUUUUAAAGGCAUUAUAUUUCAACUUAUAUUUUACUACUGAAAUGUUGAAAACAACAUAUCAGACUAUCUGAUUCUUAGAUAAUUUGUGUACUUAGGAAUUUAUUAUUAACAUAUACACUUUUCAACGUUAGUUUAAUCAGCUACAGUAUUUUUAGAGAGAUUGUCAUACUCAUGGCUACUUUUAGUCAGUAUUUAAGAAAUAAUAGUAUUUCUAUUCAUUAUGUAUUUCUUGAUGAAAAUAUUAUGUUUCUUGUAAAAGAUAUCUACAUUCAUCCACCCAGCAGUUAACACAAUUGUGUUAUUUUUUUAUUUUUAAAGAUUGUUUUGCAAACUAACACAUAUAAAAGUAAAAUAAAAGAUUUAUAUAUAUUUACCAUUUUACAAUUUUUUUGAAUUUUUGACAUAAAUUGGUUGUGUUUUAUAAUUGUAAAGCUCAGGUGAAAGUAACUCUACUUUUUAUUAUAAAAUGUUUGGAUAUUCAAAAUGUAACUUUCAGUCUGAUAUCUGGGAUCUAUAAGAGACUCCAGACCCUUAAUCCAAAAAUUGUUUUAGAUAAACCAAGAAAUUAACUUUAUUGUACAAUUGAUAGUUUAACCUAAAUCAGAUCUUUUAAUUAAUUGUUGUUAAUUAGAAUUUUGUAUUUGCAAAUCCCAUAUAAAUGCAGUUUCCUAAUAUGAUUUAUACUAAUGGUAGACAGGUUCCAUCAACAUUCCAAGGAUGAUUAGGUUACAGUAAACACAAGUAUCCAUGAUUUACAAAAGGCAUUUCUAAUGGGCAAUUUUUUUAUAAAUUUACAUAUAAGAUGCUUUUAGUUACCUAGUCUUGACCUUAAUUUAAAGGGUCAUUUAAAACAAUGCCAUUACUAAAUUCAUUGAAUAUUCGUUGUUUGUAAAUCCUCUGAGUUGCAUCAUAUAUAAUCUGUAAUCCAUUCCAAAAUAUCAAGUUUAUAUAUGUUAACCAUAUUUACUGUAAAAAUUAGGCUACUAGUUGUAUUGUAGGUUGUCCUAACUUUUGACCUUUGUUAGUUUAUUGCUUGUUAUUAAUAGUGUUAUGUUUGCUCAUUUCAUCUAUGAAAUUAUUAUAAAAAUAUGUACAGUUGUG